AUGGGGCGGGUGGUGGGAUCGCAGCCAGCCGGGGCUCCUGCCAUCGUCUCCAGCAGCAGGGGGCGGUGGCUUGGUGGGGACCGAGGGGUGGCAGCGAAGCCACCGUCCCCCGGGAGCUCACGUGGGAACUCACGGGAUGAGGAAGGGCUGGGGCAGCCCCGUUUUGGGGGUGUCAGCAGUUUAGGGGAGCAGGAAGCGGCCGGCGGGGCUCGGGCAGCUCCGGAGCAUCAUCCCCCCCCUCCGGCCAUGGCGGGCCGGCUCCUGCCCCCCGACACCAGCCCGGCCCUGGGUAUGGAGGACGUUCCCCACCUCCUCCCAGCUCUGCAGGUGUCCCCGCAGCACACGGUGACACGGGUGCCCGUCAUCCGCCACCGCGGCUCCAACACCCUCAACUUCCACUUCCAUGAGCCGGAGAGCCGCGGCACCGCCCAGAACAGCCAGGGAGCUCCCAAGAGCUCAGUGAAUGAGUGGUACCAGACCUGGCCAGCCAAGGAGACCAAAGCCCCCAGCCCCCAGGUGCCCGCCCAGCCCAGCCCCAGCCCCAGGGCCGCCCCCGCCUGCCCGCGGCCCCCGGGCUGGUCGGCGACCUGGACCAAGGACAGCAAGCGGCGGGAGAGGCGCUGGGUGAAGUACGAUGGCAUCGGGCCCGUGGACGAGACAGGGAUGCCCCUGGCCUCACGCUCGAGCGUGGACAGCCCCCGGGACUGGUACCGCAGCAUGUUCCGGCAGAUCCACCGCAAGCUGCCAGAGCCCGACUGGGACACCCAUUCCUGCCCCACCACGGCGCCUCCAUCGCCCCCCAAGCCGCGGAGGAGGGGCUCGGCCCCGGCUGAGCCCCCCGGAAUGCCCAACGGGAUGGACUGGAGCCGCUGGGGCGCCCCCGGUGCCACCGCCGAGCCCGGCAGCAUUUUUGACUACGAACCAGGGGAGUUCUCUCCGCGGGAGCAGAGCCCGGCAGCAGCGCGGCCGAAGCGGGCUCAGUCCAUCGAGGUGCUGCUGGAGCAGGAGCUGGAGCAGCUCAGCGAGGAGCUGGACAAGGACAUGAGGGACAUGGAGACGCGGCGGACCCCGCGCCAGAGCCCGGCGGCUGCUCCCACCGCUCGCUCCCCUGCUCCGGCCUCCCCGGCUGCUCGGAGCCCCCUGUCACCCCAGCGGCUGUGGAGCCCCCCUGCCAGCCACCACUCACCUGCCACCCCCAGCAUGGAGCGGGCUGGGCUGGGGCUGGCCAGUGACCGGAGCCCUGGCAGAGACACCCUCAGGCCAGGGACCCUCCCCAGCUUGUCGGACCUGGGGGAGCCCGUGGAGGCCGUCAAGAGGGAGGAGAAGAAGAUGAAAGCUGCUCGCCUCAAGUUCAACUUCCAAGCUGAGUCUCCCAAGGAGCUGACGCUGCAGAAGGGGGACAUCGUCUACAUCCACAAGGAGGUGGACAGGAACUGGCUGGAGGGGGAGCACCACGGCCGCGUGGGCAUCUUCCCCUCCAACUACGUGGAGAUCCUGCCCCCCACGGAGGUGCCCAAGCCCAUCAAGGCUCCCACGCUCCAGGUGCUGGAAUACGGCGAGGCACUGGCGCUCUACAACUUCCGAGGGGAUCUGCACGUGGAGCUCUCCUUUCGCAAGGGCGAGCGGAUCUGCCUGGUGCGGAGGGUGAACGAGAACUGGUACGAGGGGCGGAUCUCGGGCACCAGCCGCCAGGGCAUCUUCCCCGCCACCUACGUGCAGGUGCUGAAGGAGCCGCGGGUCAAAACCACCGCCGAGGACAUCCCCUCGUCUCCCGGCCCCGCCAGCCCCCGGCCCGCGGCCGGAUCCCCCUCCCUGCAGCGCUCGCCCGGCCCCCGCAUCCCCCAGGCUCCCGCGGGGUCCCCCCGGGAAGCCAAGCGGGGUCCCGGGGUGUCGGGCGGGCGCCCGUCCUCCCCGCGCCACCUCGGUGCCACCUUCCCCCCCUCCCCAAAGCUGCCCCACGCUGGCACCCCCAGCCCCUUGGUGGCCUCUGCCAGCCCCCCACACCCUGCCUGGAGCCCCGAGCAGCGCCCGACCCCGGCGGCGCAAAGCAGCGCCCGGCCCGAGCCCGCCCCGUCCUACAACGGCUCCGAGAUCCGGUGGACUCCGUACCGGGCGCUCUACCAAUACCGGCCCCAAAACGCCGACGAGCUGGAGCUGCUGGAAGGGGACAGGGUGGAUGUCAUGCAGCAGUGCGACGACGGCUGGUUCGUGGGAGUGUCCAGGAGGACGCAGAAAUUCGGCACUUUCCCCGGGAAUUACGUGGCGCCGGUGUGACCCGCGGCCGUGGGGACCCCGGGGGCUUCCCCCUGUCCCGCCGUGUCCCCGCCGUGUCCCCCCACGGGGAUGAAGCGCCUCCAGCUCCCUCCCGCCCCUAUGGGGCUGCUUCUAACAGGGACGAAUCCCCCCAGCGCGGGGUGUCUCCCCCGCCCCAGUGCCUUAACCCGCCCCCUCCUCGCCGCUGCCCGGUGCCACCGCCCCGGGGGUCGCCCCGGGGCUCUGCCCGGUGCCGGGCCUGACCAUGACGGCCGUGCCCGCGAUGUGGGCCCGUGUCCGGGAGUCGCCUUCGCUUCUUUUCCGUCAUUAAAGCUCAGCUCAGCCCGA